GCCCGUACUUUUUCCGGGUUACUGGUGUGGUUAGCAUCAUGGUUUUUGUAUUUGUAUACUCGCAUAACGUGCGUAGCUAAAACAGCUAAAAAAGAUGAGUUCUCAGAAAGGUAAUGUUUCUCGAUCGCGACGCCAGAAGCAUCAAAACACGACUGCCUACAAAAACGACAAGUACGGAGCGACAGUACAAGUAAAGAGAGCAAAUGCAAAGAUCCACGAUGGGCUUUGUCAACACUGUAAGGAUGUUCUUGAGUGGAAAGUUAAGUACAACAAAUACAAGCCGCUGACACAACCCAAAAAAUGUGUCAAAUGCUCUCAAAAGACAGUGAAAGAUGCGUAUCACAUAAUUUGUAAGCCCUGUUCUCUUCAGCUCGAGAUCUGCUGCAAGUGUGGCAAGAAAGAGGACAUUGUUGUUCCGGUAAACUCACAUCUGGACAAGAGUGAGCAGGAAGAAGAUGAACAGAGCAAGAGAGCUCAUAGACGAAGGAAGAAAGACGUGGACGACUUGGACAGUGAUGAUGAUUUUGACGAUGACUUUGGUGACCUUGACGAUGAGGAAGAUGAAGACUUUGACAGUAACUCAGGACCACAGAAGACUCAGAGCAAACCUGCUGAGCUCCCAGAUGUGUCCCUAAUUAAUGUUAAAGAUUAAAGAUAGUGAGAGUUUUUUAUUAAAUUGUAUACAAAAUG